AUGGCCCGUAUAUCGCCCACUUUCAUCCUCGCCGCAGCGACGGUCAUCGCAGUACUCAGUAGCGGCGUGGGGGCAUCGUCUAUCGGAGAUCAUUCAGCCCCAGGCGCUUCUCCUACACCCUCCCCGUCUGCUACCAUGCAACAGUCCGCCUCCUACCUAGCUGCCUCGGAGUCUGGAGGGGAUGCUGAGGAUAAUGGAGAGUGUAGGCUCCUUGGUCCCUUUUCGCUGCUGGUGCAGGCCGCACUUGGGGCCCUGGCGCUCUUAUCGCUGGUCUAUAAGCGUUGGAGGGAGAGACCCCAACGACCGGUGAAGGUCUGGGCAUUCGAUGUUUCAAAGCAAGUCUUCGGCUCGGCCAUGUUGCAUCUGGCGAAUCUUCUCAUGUCCAUGUUCUCGGCCGGCCAGUUUGAGAUUCAAAGCAAAUAUAAGCCCAACCCAUGUUCGUUCUAUCUUCUGAACUUGGGAAUAGAUACCACUCUCGGUAUCCCCAUCUUGAUCUUCAUAUUACACAUCUUGAGCCGCCUCGCCAUGUUUACUCCCCUUGCGAAUCCGCCAGAGUCUAUUGAGUCUGGAAACUACGGUCGCCCGCCCCGUGCUUCCUGGUGGUUCAAGCAGUCGAUGAUAUACUUCCUUGGAUUACUAGGGAUGAAGAUUUGUGUCUUCUUCAUCAUUCAAUUGCUGCCUUUUAUCGUCAAGGUGGGCGAUUGGGCUCUACGGUGGACGGAGGGCAAUACCGCUGUCCAAAUCAUUUUCGUUAUGCUUCUUUUCCCGGUUAUCAUGAACGCCAUUCAGUAUUACAUCAUCGAUACCUUUAUCAAAAAGCCGCUCUCUCUGCCACAGGGCACUGUGGAAGAGGAGAAUGGCGGUGACCGAGCAGCUGAACACGAUGACGAGCACCGUCGUGGACUGCUGGCCGGCGUGGAUGAUGAUGUUUCGUUUUCGGACGAUGGUUCGGUGGGUAAAGGUAGAAGGGGACCUGACUCGGAGAGCUCUACACCAGGGAAGGAAGAUCUCGUACGAUUUGACUCGGUGGAGUAUAAUCCCGCCGCUCAUGGCGAAUGCAGUUCAGCAUCGUCAGCGACGGUGUCGGCCAGGUCUGGAAGCGAUCGUGAUGGGCUCGGAGGAUCAUCUCCGUCGAUCAAGCCGAGUGGCCAACCAACGGAUACACUAUAA